UUUUGUUAUUCAUCGAUUCCGUGCUCGACGUUUGGAUCGAAAGUCAGAAACCCUAGGUUGCCAAAUUUUCUGCACAGGUAUGUGCUCCUAAUCCCCUCUCUCACUUCUACGAGAUUGAUUUGACCUUGCAAUUCGCACAAUUUUCUGCACAGGAACCUUUAUUGCACCACAUGGCUGGACAAAGAAACAGUCAUGGAAAACGUUCACAUUCGCAGUCAGACUACAGGGAUAACGAACGAAGCAAGAGACGUAACAGCGGUGAUGACAGAGGAUUCAACUCUAUAGGUUCAGACGAUACAGUGUACCGCUACUUAUGUCCUAGUAAGAAAAUCGGAAGUAUAAUGGGAAGGGGUGGGGAAAUCGUUAAACAGCUGCGGUCCGAGACUAAGGCGAAGAUUAGAAUCGGUGAUUCAGUUCCGGGGUGCGAUGAACGUGUGGUCACUAUCCACAGCACGAGUGAUGAAACAAAUGAUAUUGAUAUGAGUGAUGAUCGUGUGUGUCCAGCAACAGAUGCGCUUUUCAAGGUGCAUGAGAGAGUUGUUACUGAUGAUCAAGCUGCUGAUAUGGAUAUGGAUGGUGACGGAGCUCCGCAAGUUACGGUUCGCCUCCUUGUGCCAUCAGAUCAGAUUGGAUGUAUUAUUGGAAAAGGUGGACAGGUAGUUCAAAGUAUACGGUCCGAUACUGAUUCUCAGAUUCGGAUUGUGAAAGAUCAUCAUCUUCCUGCUUGUGCAUUAAGCAAUGAUGAGCUCGUGCAGAUAUCUGGCGAAUCCUCGAACGUGAGAAAAGCACUUUUCCAAAUAGCAGCUCGCCUUCACGAUAAUCCGUCACGUUCACAGCACUUGCUUUCGUCUUCAACACCUAACGUUUAUCCAUCUGGCGGUUCACUUAUCGGUGCACCUCCAAUGAUGAGUUUAACGCCAAUGGUCGGUGCUUACGGUGGGUACAAGGGUGAAGGCGGUUUCUACCCUGGACCAAGGGACGAAUCUUCACCACGGGAAUUCUCUCUUCGUUUGAUCUGCCCCACCGCGAACCUCGGUGGCGUAAUCGGGAAGGGCGGUGCUGCAAUUAAUCAAAUUCGGCAGGAAACCGGAGCGGCGAUUAAAGUCGAUAGUUCAAAAGCAGAGGCAGAGACAGAUUGCAUAAUAUCUAUUUCGGCAAAGGAGGUAUUUGAAGACGCAUUUUCUCCGGCUAUUGAGGCUGCGUUACGGUUGCAACCGAAGUGCAGUGAGAGAGUUGAAAGAGAUUCGGGUGUUAUAUCGUAUACGACUCGAUUGCUUGUGCCGAGCUCUCGGAUUGGAUGCCUUAUCGGGAAAGGAGGAGCGAUAAUUUCGGAAAUUAGGAGAAAUAGCAAAGCGAAUGUACGCAUUCUUUCGAAGGAACAACUUCCAAAAGUCGCUGAGGAUGAUGAUGAGAUGGUACAGAUUUCUGCAGAGCUUGAUCUUUCUAAGGAUGCACUGAUACAAGUUACAUCACGUUUGAGGGCAAAUCUGUUUGAAAGAGAAGGGGCAAUGUCUACGUUUGUUCCGGUUCUUCCUUAUCUUCCUGUGGCGCCUGAGGUGCAUGAUGUUCCAAAGUACGACAGUAGAGAUUCUAGAGGUUAUGGGCGAGGAGGACAUGAUGACUCGCCCUCAGCUAAUGAUGGAUAUGGAAGCUAUGGUGGUUUGCAGGGGCGCAGUGGUGGUGAUGUCUACGGAGCUUACGGUAGUUAUUCUUCUGGACGCAGUGGUAGUGCUGGGGGUUCAAGGCACGCCCCUGCUUCUAGAAGGCGGGAGUAUAAUUAUAAUUAUAACUACUGAAGCUGAAGCCUGAAGCCAGCCUAAACAACCAGAAGACCAGUUGAACCGAACCAGUUCUGGCCCACCUUAAGAGGACAACUGAACCAGAAGACCAUGUCCCGACACUAUUUUACCAAGCUUUCGUUUCUUCAUUUCCAUAAAACCUGUGCCUUGAUCAUAUUCCAAACCUUUGACACUUUGUAUUGUUCUCUUUUUUAUUGCAUUGUGUGAAGAUUUUCUGGUCCUUUUGAACCCAUAAGAGGCGCUUUCAAAGACUAAUAUUACUUAUAACUUGUCCAUGCAA